AUGGCCCAGAUCUAUUUGCUAGUGGCAGGAGUGAUACUCUGCUCCAUCCCUGCUCGCCCUCUUGGCUGGAAUUUGCCUUGGAUCCAUAGCCUACAGAACAGGGAACUCUUCAUACUUCUGAGACAGAUGAAGAAGAUCCCGUUUCAGUCAUGCCUAGAGGACAGAACCGACUUCAAAUUUCCUUGGAAAACAGGGAAUAUCACAGAAAUCCUGACGACUCAAGGCACCGGCUACCACCAUCUGACGCUCCAGCAGAGUAACUUCUUCAGCAAGGAGGAAAGCCAAGCUGCUUGGAACAACACCCUACUCCAUAAACUACUCUCUAGCCUUGAUCACACCUUGGAACUACUGCAUGAGCAAGUGGAAAAUGACAAUCUGGACUGUCCAUAUUUGGGAAUUGUUGUCCCUAAAUAUUUCCAAAGAAUCCAUCUCUAUCUGAAGGAAAAGGAAUACCCCUGUGCCUGGGAGGUUAUCAGAGGAGAAAUUAAAGUGUUCCUUUCUCUCAUGUAAUAAUUCUCCAAUUACUGUCCACAAAUAAAGAAGAAAGGUACACCUGUGACACUUCUAAU